AUGUCCACAUUCUGUGAAGUCAUAGAUAGUAACGNNNNGAACGAAGGGGUCGAGGGUUAUUACAGGAAGAAGGAUGAGGAGAAGGAGGAACGAGGGGAGGAUACGUCUAUGUUGAAGAUGGAGGAAAGGAAGCUAUUCCUCGGGGGCCUGCCUUCGAACUGUGAUAAGCAAGAGCUCAAGGACUAUUUCUCCCAAUUCGGGGAGAUUGAGGAUUCCAUAGUCAUGAUGGAUCGCGUCACUGGUCGAUCGCGUGGCUUCGGCUUUAUAACAUUCCUACAUCCCCAAGAUAUGGAGGCCUGCCUUGAUGAUUCACCCCAUGUGGUGAUGGAUAAGACCAUAGACGUUAAGCGAGCUGUAGAAGGCGGCCUUGGACCACGUAUUACACGUCAUGAGGGUCCCAUGAAGGAUGCUGCUUGGAGUGAAAACAACUACAUGGGCUAUCACUAUAAUAGGGGGGUCGUUGCUGGGCCUGGAGGCGGGUAUAGGGCUUAUACUGGAGGCAAGGGUGGUGGGGGCUCCUCCUCAUCAUCAUCAUACACGCUACCUUAUCGGGUACCUGAUGAUCCUAAGAAGGUCUUUAUUGGCGGUUUGCCACCUUGUGCUGAUAACAACAGUUUGACUCGUAUGCUCUCACAAUACGGCAGUGUAGUGAGUUGUAAUGUUAUGUUCGAUAGAGGCACUGGACGUAACCGUGGCUUUGGUUAUGCUACCUUUUCAACUCCUCGUGAGGCUAAUGAUGCUUGUCAUGGUGGUGACAAUAACGUUAUGGAUGGCAAAUGGGUUGAAGUAAAGCCGUGUACUCGGCUCGAGUUCCCCACUACUGAGGGUGCUGCUGCUGCUGCAGCUAAUGUCCCCAAAUCGCCCUCCAGCAGUGCAAUGUAUGGGGGCCAGCAGAGAGGGGAGGGCUACCGAGCAGAGCAGCAAUGGAGACAGAAGGAGAAGCUCCUUCUCCCUGACGACCCGUGCAAAGUCUUCCUAGGAGGCCUUCCACAGUCAGCUGACCAGAGUCGUGUUACAGAGCAUUUAUCCCAGUAUGGCCAUGUACAGGAGGUCACUGUUAUGUAUGAUAGGGAAACUGGCAGGCAUAGAGGCUUUGCCUAUGCAACGUUCUCGAACAAUGAUGAGGCAAUGGCCGCCAUCAAUGGCAAUAAUGUUAUACACGGCAAACUGGUACAAGUGAAGCCUUCCUCUCGUAGUAUGGAGCAUGUUGGCGGCAAUGCUUUACAACAUCCUCCUACUACUA